AUGGGUAUUUGUGACAAUGGAGGGAUUAUUUUCGUCGGCAACACAACCGUUCUGCUUAUAAUCGCGCUCACGACGGACUAUUGGGAAUAUAGAGAGGUGGUCCGUGCACGAAUUGGUCUCAACUUUUCGCGACCCAGGAAUUGCUUGUAUGUUUUGUUUUCGGAAGAUUCAAAAAACGAUGAGCUACAACAUGCGUCGGAGCUUGCAUUUCUAAAGUCGAUGGCCUGCGCAUGCGCAGUUGGAUGUAUUGUUCUCGUAGGCGCUGCGUUUGUUACCGGAUGGCAUGCCACGUUCUUGAGGUUCCCUAACACACGUUUGUUCCACAUCGCUUCCAUUAUGUCGCUUUCAGCAGGGUUUCUGCUAACAAUUGGCAUAGCACUCUUCCAUGGAAGGUGCUACGUUCUGCGUAAGAUGGAAUUAUUUCCAGGCCAAGAUGUUCCGUUCAAAGAUUUGAUACACCGAUCCAAAGUGUACAGCUACGGUUGGUCGUUCGACCUUGCCUGGCUGUGUGUCGCCUGCAGCUACAUAUCUGCUUACAUAUGGCUGCGCAAAGGACAUGGAACCAGGCGUACGAUUGCCAACGCCGACACGACCCUAAGCCGGGCGACACAAAAGAAAGUCACAUGUUUGGUAAACUGGAAACCUCAUAAAACAAUGAGCCCAACUACUAUUGCUACAAUUUGAUCAGUUGAGGCGACAACAAAUUGAUACGUUGUUCAACGGCAGACGCGUGUAAAAUAGAUCAACAGACACAAAUUUAUGUUUUAUAGUGUUAUAUUUCGGCCCACACAUAUGGAGAGAGCGGACACAACAAAAUACUUUUAUUAUUCCAAGUUCGAUAUAAUACGAGGCUAUCGAAAAAAGGAAGAAUAAAAAUACUGAUUUCUUGAUAUUUUGACCGUGUUUGUUCUUGAAUUGUGAUAGUGAUUGUUAACAAUGACUUCCAAUAAAUCAU